AGUUGAAUAACUUAUUAAUUGUUAAUGGAAAACGUAUGAAUGGUUUGCAUUGACUUUGCACAUUGUUCUUUGCAAGGAUUUAAUUGGUAAUGUCUGUGGAAGUGACUAAAAGCACAAAGCAAUCAUUGUCGCCAAAUAAAAAGUACCAUGUAUAUAUUUGUAGAUCUCAACAUGAAAAUGACAUCAGAUGGGUUUCUAAAUUAAAUUAUCACCUGAAACAGAAAGGGUAUUCUGUGUAUUCCCCUGAAAAUAAUUUCAAUCCAAAUAUAACUAUUGCUCAAAAUAUUGAGAAAGCAAUGCAGUCAUCGCUCAAAAUAGUUUAUGUACUAUCACCACGCUAUAUAUCUAGUAAAAUGUGUCAGCUCGAAACAGAAAUGGCGUUAAAGUUGUACUUGCAUGAUCGUCAGUCGAGCACAAUUCUCCCUAUAAUGAUUGACACUUGUGAUGUACCAGAUUGUAUGCUGCCUUUGCGUUAUAUAGAUGCCAGAAAAGCAGAAAGUGACUGGUUGUCAACGUUGCUAUCAUCAUUAGCCAAGCCUGUAAUAUCUAAACCUCUCGCUGUUUUACCUGAGGGGAAACAGUAUCAUGUGUUUUUCGUAUAUAGAACUGUAGUACCUGAUAAAGAUUGGGUAAAAGAGGUGGCAUGCAGCAUUGAAGCUAAUGAAUCAGGUUUAAAAUGUGCUUAUCAUGAACGAGACUUUAUUCCAGGAUUAACAAUAAUAGAAAACAUUGUGUAUUUUCUAAAGUGCUCGUUAAAAGUGGUCAUAGUUCUGACUCCAGAUUUUCUUGAAAGUUCCUGGACUAAAUAUGAAACUGAAUUAGCCCAGUUGAUUAGUUUAAAUCCGACUGGUGAUGUUCGUGUAGUACCAGUCGUUGUUCAGGAUUGUACGAUUCCUGAAUGUUUAAUCAAUCUAACUUAUUUAGACGCUACUGACACAUUUUUCACAUGGUGGCCCCGAUUGCUGAAAACUAUCAAUAUUCCAAAUAAUGAGUUACUUUUUCUACCGCCAAAGAAUGAAGCUAUGCUACAGACUUUGAGACUAGGAAAAUUUGUCGGAAAACUUAAAGAUGAAGAAUUCAAAUCAUGGUUGAUUGAUAUCAAAUUCGUUGAUAAUGAAUAUCUUCUUGUAACUGAUGCUCGAAAUAAAAAGAUCAAAAAGUUCUGUUUCAAAGGACAAUUCAAAAAUGAAGUCUCGUUUGCACACAGACCAAUGUUCUUUACCUGUUUUGACGACCGUAUGGCAUAUGUUACAUUUCCUGACGAAAACAUAAUCAGAGUAGUGAGUUGUGUUAAUCAACUUGAAGUUGUAAAUGAGAUUGCAGUCAAAAUAAGAUGUUCUGGAAUAGCCAAGAUUGAUCAAGAUAAGUUUGCAUUAGCAUGUCGAUCGAAAUGUAAGAUUUAUAUUAUGUCAAGAAAUGGUACCAAACUUCGAACGAUCAAACCUUUGAUUGGUAUAGAUGAGAUGUCAAUAAACCAUGUUCCGUUAACGGGGAUGGACGAAGCCAAUGACUCUGAUGAAGAAGGUGACAACAGAGGGCAUCACAAUACGGCAGGUCAAAAGGAUUUUGAUGCAUUGAAACGUCAACGUCAGUCCUUGAAAGUGACAGAUAUUCGAAGCAGACUUGUCUGGCCAGGAUUUAUCGAUGCCUCAGAUAAACAGAUAUUUGUUACUGAUUAUGAAACUUGUCUUCUAACUAUUAUAUAUAUCGAAAACGAGGCAUCUUUUCGUCACAAAUCUUUCCCAUUGGUCGAUCCAAGAGGUGUAGUGAUACAUGACAAUAAACUUUUUAUGUCAGCUGGAACGGUACGAAUAUUAACCUUAGACGGAGAAGCAAUCUCUGAAGUCCGUCUCCAUGGUGAUCCUAUAACCUUUCCAAGAUCAAUUGCAUUUGACAAGACUGGUCAUUACAUGGCAGUUACUCACAAAGGAGAUGGCGAUGAUUGUUUUUCUGUGUUCCAGUUACUGUCAUCCUGAUAUAAUGGAAGUGAUAUUAACUGUAUCAAUUUUACUGCACCAGAAGCACAUUGUGACAACUAGCCAAAACAUUUGAAAGUCUGAAACCGGAAGCAAAUUAUGCAGAAAAAAAUUGAAAAAAUGUCAAGCAAAAUGUGAAUAUUCAUACUGAAUUUAAUUCUUUAGUUCAU